AUGGGAUCUAAGAAGAAGCGAAACCCUCCUUCACCCUCCAAACCACCGUCGACGGCCAAGAACGCAACCACAAGCGACGGAGCACCGCCGAAUACGAUUUCUUCAGACAAUCUGCAUCAAGAACAAAGUAACGCAGAACAACUCGAAUAUGAAGCGAUCCAUGUUGAAUGUCAUCGGGCUUUUGAUGCUCUUAACCGAAGAAAUCAAACCAAAGCCCUGAAACGCAUCGCCGAUGUACGUAUUCGCUACGAAAACUCCAGUCUCGCACAUCACACUGAAGCCGUUAUACACGCCAGAAUCGCCGAACAAACCGAAGACCAGUACGCGAGCCUAGAACACUGGAAGAAAGCUCUCGAAUCUGCGAAGAAAGCUGUAUCGCUUUCCCCCAACUCGAUUGAGUUCGCGCUUACAUGCGCGAUUUUGCUCUCUACAUUGGCGAGCAAUGAUCAAGAUCGCAAAGAAGUCGUGGAAGAAUGCGAGAGAGGUCUAUCAUUGUUUAAUUUUCUGCCUGUUAUAAAAACUUCACGAGAUGAGCUUGAGCGAAUACAAAUAGCAUUGAAAUCGAUUUUAGAUAAGUCAAAGAUUGGGUGCACAGAGGCUCCAAUGUCAGUAAAGGCGGUUGAAGAGAAGAGGAAGGAGAUCGAGGCUCGUGUAAUUGCUGCCAGACUUUUGCAACAAGGGCCUGAGAUGGUUACAUCGGAUAAGACUUGUGAGUUGACCCCGCCGAUUGGCGAACUUAAAGAACCGAUGUUGGAUGCCGGCAAGAUUUCAGAGGUUCGGAGCUUUUGGAACUCUAUGGAUGUCGAGGAGAAGCGAGCGUGCCUGAGACCAAAAAUUAGCGAUGUUAAGGACUAUUGUGCCAAAUUUACGGGUGUUUUGGCUGCAGAGGAUCUAUUGGGCGGCGCUAUCCAUCAUGCUGAAAAUGCUUCUACUUGGAAAUACUGGGAUUGUUGCAUCUGUGAUCAUAAAUCUCUGAACAUGGACUUGCUUAUCGAUCAUUUAGAGAAGCAGCAUUUGGGGCACCUAUUAUCAGCAAAAUCCAAAGCAUUUACGCCACAAAAAAUUGAUGAUCAAUCGAUGGAGGUGCUUGUGAAUGGUAUAUGGAAGCCUGUGGACACUGCCAUGGCAAUGGAAAUCAUUCAAAAUCAGUCAAAAGACCUGGAUCAGAAUUGGCCAUUGUCUGAUAAUUGUGAGCGUGCAAAAACCCUCGAAAGAAUCCACAGCAUGUUCCAGUUGCUUCUGCGACAUGAAUGUAUUGCUGCGAGCCAUCUCAGGAAGGUGAUGAAUUGCACCAUGAAAAUGCUGCAGAUCGAUGGCCUGGACCAAACACCCCUCUGCAUCUGUUUUCUGGGGACUUCUCAGCUGAAUGAAAUUAGUAAUCUCUUGCAGGAUUUGCUUUUUGAGAUAGGUGAUUUCGUGGAGGAUGAACUUAAUUCCUACCCGGAAUACGAAUCCAAAGAAAGGAUAGUUAUUUGUGGUGACACAUUGUGUGUCCUUUUGGAUGGGAGUUUACAGGGCAGGGAGUUUAUGAGGUCCACAUCUCAUAAUGCAGCUGCGGAUGAUGGGUCUGCAACAUCUUUUGCUGUUGGUGAUCAUGAACUAGAUGUUCUGCCAGAUUGUGAUGCUAUUGCGCAUUGGUUGCAUUCGGGUUUUACAAUUGAAGACCAGUUAGCAUCAUGGCCAAACAUAAAAAAGUCUAAAGUUCGUCAAGGGGUGGAAAUUUAUCUGAUCCUCGAAAAGGAAAUUUCUAGCUUGGAAAACAUGUGUAUGAGAAAAAGUCAGCAUUUGAUCCACGACAAAGCAUUACAUGAAAUUCAUAGAAUCUGCAUCGAAGAACUUCACAAAAGGGAGCAAGGUGUAAGCUAUGUACCUCAAACUUACGAGUCACUCCUGAAAAAGCUGCAAGAGGAACUUGCUGAGAGGGAGGAUAUUCUUAGUAGAUCUGAGUUGCAUCUCAUACCAAAAAUUCUCCAGGAAGCUCAAGCUGUAAAUGUGAAUGAGGAUGAAGCGCAUCAAGGAGACAAUUGCAUAAGAAAUUUAGUUCAAGGGCGAUUAAGGAAGAGUUCGAAAGAGAUUUUCAAUGAUGAUGCAAGGAUCCUGAGGAGUUGUGCUGAUAUUCGAAAGCUAUAUUCACGACUUGCAAAAGUAUCAGUCCAUGACUACCGGACGAUUAUAGUGCCCCUUCUGAAGUCAUUCAUCCAGGCACAACUGGAGAAUCUGGUUUACCAAUAUGCAAUAAGGAAGUCAGAUGUUGCGGGAGAAGCAUUGUUAGCGGAGCUUGAAUCUGAUGCCAACAAGCGUCUUAGCAAGGGACAGAUGAAACAUGUUGAGGGAAAGAUGAAGGAUAAGAAAAAGAAAAAGGAUUACCGCAAAUCCAAGGAUUCCAAGAAACAGGUGCUACACGAGAAGGAUGCAGAUCAAGUUCAGUUUUCUGUUCCCGAAGAUGGGGAUUACCCAGAAUCACAGAGUGUUGUCUCUGUAAUUGCCAGUGAACUGAAACAGCAGGAAGAGGAACUUAGGCGUAAAUUUGAGCUUGAAGCCGAGGAAAGAAUGCUUGAAGAGCAUUUGGAGCGUCAAAGACAAAUAGAGAAUGAGGCUAAAGAGAAGCAGCUUGCUGAGAAAAACAAAAAAGCAGAUGGAACAAUGCCAGAGAUGGCGGAGACAUUGUUGAGUGUAACUGGAGUGCCAACUUGCUCUUCAGGUGAUCCUUUGAAAAAGUUAGAGGAAACUAAGGCGUCCUCCCUGGUUUCUGGUGGAAGGACCGAAACAAAAAGUUGCUCUCAUGGAGAAGUCAAGCUAGCUUUGUAUACUCAAGAAACUCUUGAAGGUGUUUUAUGAUCUUCCAAUCAACAGACUGGAAGGCAAUGCAUAAGGCUGAACAUCUUUUUAGACUCACCCAAUGCCAAUUCCUUGUUAAACAAAACUACAACAAAACAAAUCCUGAGUAUACACAGUAUACAAAGGACCAACUGAAUCAAAAAGACAGUACAAGUUACUCAAGAAUCACCUGGGUUACCGAAUAUGUUUAUUUUAGACCAAACAAUUUCAUACUCCAAAAGAUAUUCGGAAGUGUUGCAAUAAGAGCUUUCACCCUUAAAAUUAUGCCUCUAUCUCUCUCUCUCUCUUCCUCUUGAUUCCUCAGUAAAUUCAAUGAUGCCGCUUUUCUUACCUCCCAAUAUUUCUUGUAAACACAACCCUCCUUUCAGCUUGUCAACAUGGUCCAAUGAGGGGAUAACUCAACAUGCACCAUCUAAGGUAAGCAGGGAAGUGCACAUUCCCUUAGUUGCCACACAGUGCAAGACUAAGUGGUUGAUCAGCUUACCCACUCCUUUGCACUUACAGCCCUGCCCUACUAAUUGAUUUUCCGUCAGAUUGUUAAUAACAAGAUCUGCCUCCAAAGCGGUGGCUCAAACAGAAAAGCUGUCUUUAAAAGGGUUGAGUCUGUCUGCCAGCUGCCUUUCUAAGGAAACACCACCUCAUGGUGUUUUGUUAAACUCAGUAAUACAUCUGAAUGAGAAGAUCUUAGUAUGUGCACAUUUUCACCUCAAGUUCCUUCUCCCCUCUUCCUAAACCUUGCUAAGGCACAAGUGGAUUCGGACUCUCUUUCUUGGAUAAUUAUGCCGCUUUUGAAGUUCUUACUAUAUGUCCACCUGAAUGACUUACAUAUUUUGCAAUAAAUGUCAUCCUGUUGAUCGCUAACUUAUCAGCACGCUAACUUAUCAGCACA